AUGAAAGAGGUUAGAUAUAAUAGUUUUGAGGAAGUGCAGCAUAUUUUAAAGAUGGAAAAAAAAUUGCGAUCCGCAUGUGCUUCGGAAAAUGAAGAGAUAAAGAAGGCGAAGGAGGAAGCUGACGAAUUGCAUCAGGGGAUGAAGGAAGAUUUGCAGCGUGCCAAAGAAAAGAAUAAAAGACUUGAGAGUGAUUUGAGAGACGCGAAACAUAGAAAAGAGCAGAUUGAGGAAGCGUUAAAGGAUGCGGAACGUGAAAUUGAAAGACAAAAAGAUAUUAUCAAUAGGCAGAAACAACAAAUAGAACAGUUAAAGGAUAAAUACUCUGAUCUUGACGAUGAAGAACCAGAAGAUUGUUCCCAAAAACCGACAAAUGUCUCGUACCAAGAACGCCAUUCUCAAGAGAAGCGGAACAGUGAAGAAGAUCGUGCCGGCAACAGGUUGCAAGAGCCACAGAGAGCCAGAUGGGCAUCACAACCGGGGCGAGACGGUUAUGAGCUUGAUGAAGACGGUGGUGAAACAAACUUACACUUUCAGAAUCGGAGAAAUAACUCACCACUUGCGGAUCGCUCUUCUUUACAGCGACAACGUGAUAAGCGAAAAAGUAGUUCGCAGAAAUGGACCCCGCGGCGGGAAUGUGAGAAUUCACCAUCGCCUCGUCGGUCUGUAAGCCCAUCUGCAGAUUUGCAAUCAGAUGAAGCACAGGAAAGCGACAGACAGCGGAAGUACAACGAUAUCACGCAAUUUGAGGAAUGA